CCGCUCGCUCUCUGCCCACACGCCGCCGCUCCGCACACACAGCCCGCAGCCGCAGCGUGACUGCCUGACCCCGGCCGGAUUAUUCAUCCCGCGCCGAGAGGAGACGCAGGAAGCCGCCCGGUGAACCGCGACGCGCAGGCGGGGAGGUGGCGGCGGCCGCGGCGCCGCAGCGGGGUCUCCGGUCCCCGCCGGCUGCCGGAGGAGCCCGGCCAGAUUAAUUUCUUGGCUGUGAAGAAUUGUGAACACCUCGUGCCCUGAUGGGGGACUCGGGAUCCAGGCGAUCAACUCUAGUAUCUCGGUUGCCAAUAUUCAGGAGAAGUAUUAGCCGGAGACAUGACUCCCUCCCUUCUUCACCUUCCUCUGCCAGUGCUGUGGGUGUGCACACAUCCUCCCCAUCCAGCACCAACUCCAGCUCAGGGAGCACAGGCAAGCGCCGGAGCAUAUUCCGAACUCCUUCCAUUAGCUUCCAUAACAAGAAAGGGGGGGAGCAAAAGCCUGAUGCCGCCAGCCAGAAUGUUAACAUCUCAAAUGGUGCCCAGCCCUCUCUCAGCACUUUUCAAAAACUGUGCCUGGAGGAGCACAUUAAAAGCAGAGGAAGGCAUUCGGUUAGCUUUGGCAGCUCUCGCAGCAAAAAGAUAACGAGGUCUUUGACAGAUGAUUUUGAAAAGGGAAAGGAGCCUUCAGCUAAUAAGAAUGUCUUCAUAAAUUGCAUAAGCUCUGGCAAAAAUGAGGGUGAUGAUUCUGGCUUUGUGGAGGAGCAGAGCCGCUGCUCUGUCAAGCAGUCCACACGAAAACUUCUCCCUAAAUCUUUUUCAUCACACUACAAAUUUUCCAAACCAGUUCCACAAAGUCAAUCAGUUUCUUCUGUGCCUCAGACUGGGUGCAUGCUGGAGAUAAAAUCCUACGUAGAAAGCGAACCAGUGAUUUCUGCAUCCUCUUCUCCAUGCUCAGCUGAGGUGACGGAGUGUGUGGGGAGCACUUUGCAGUCUCCACUGCUCUCAGCUGACCUCACGGCUGUCCAGACCCCCUCUGACUUCAUAACAUUGACAGAGGAUUCUGUUUCAGAGGUUGAUGCUCUGCCCAGCAGUGGGAAUGGAGCGCUGCUAGCAGAGGAUUUUGGCCACAGUGUCUCUACCUCUCAGACAAUCUUUAAUCCUGCUGCUGUUACAGUGAAGGAAAUGGAUUAUGUGGGAAGUACUUCCCAGUCUGCUGCUGUAUCUCCUGCAAGUCAUGCAAGCUUGUGUAGCAUUGAAUCUAAUUCCUUGUUCAAAACCUCAGCUGCUAAUCAAACAAAAGUAUCAUUGCAAGCCAAUGAACUAUUUGGUACAGAUGCCAGGCACAAAGGAGAAAUGAACUCAGCAAAGGUGAAUUUAGAAACCUUUGCGUUGCAGCAUAAAGAAGAACCAGGAAUGCACUCUCCAGCAGCAAAGGAGUUGAGUGGGGACCAAGAGGAAAGCAUGUUCUCUAAGCAUAUGAGAGAAACAAUUCCUGUAACUGAGCCUAAAAUUAUUCAGCGUUCUGAACCUCAGUCCUUUAAAACACAGCAGGGAUAUGAGACAAACCAUCCUAACGUUGGUCUUGCCAAUAGCUUCAGUCCAUACCGAGAAGGCAGAUUUAUUGAGAAGCGGCUCAGAUCCUCCUCAGAAGGCACAGCUGGAAGCAGUCGACUAAUCAUAAAACCAAAGGAUGGCAAUGCAGAGGAGCUUAACAGCCUACGGAAGCAGAGAGCUAGCUCAUCUUCUUCAAAAAUGAACAGCAUGGAUGUUUUGAAUAACUUGGGUUCCUGUGAGUUAGAUGAAGAUGACCUAAUGCUUGACUUGGAAUUCCUAGAAGAACAACAUCACCAUCGUACUGUUGGUCGAGAAGACUCAUACCAGUCAAUAGUCUCAUGUGCUGCUGUAGUACUUACCCCAACAGUGGAUACAAGGAAGAAAGAACAGAUGCUGAAACCUGAAGCGUCUAAACAGAACCUGUCUCUGAAACUGUCAAAAGAGGUAGAACAAGGAGAAGCCAGGUAUCCCCGUAUUAGCCAGCUGGCUGGCAGCCCAUCCGUGGAGUGGCCUUUUACUGGUCUGGAAGAAGGCGGAGGCAUUGAAUCUUUGCCCUUCAGACUGAUGCUGCAAGAUUGCACAGCUGUAAAGACACUGCUACUGAAAAUGAAGAGGGUUCUUCAGGAGAGUGCAGACAUGAGUCCAGCUAGCAGCACCACCUCGCUCCCUGUUAGCCCCCUUCCUGAAGAGCCAUUACUUUUUAAGGAUGGAAUAAAAGAUGAAUGCUCAGUGCUGAAACUGCAGCUGAAGGAGAGAGAUGAACUCAUAGCCCAGCUUCGUGAGGAACUGGAAAAGGCUCAGUGUUUGCAGAAGGCUCUUGCUUCCCAGGCAGAUAAAUCCACACAGACAGAACUUUUUGGCCAUGAUGCUACAUAUCCACACAGAAUGGUGAGCCAAAAUCUCAGCACAAGGGACAGAAAUUCAGCACAUACUCCCACCGAGGACCCUUUUAGAUGCUCAAGCAACCAAGCAAUGACCUAUGAAAGCAAGAGCUGUCAACUGUCUAAUUUGUGUCUGAGCAACCUCCUGAAAGAGAAGGAGAUAGUGGAAGUCAUCAAGCAUACUAGAGGAGCCUAUGAAGCCUUCACUUCAGAGACCACCCAGAAUGGUUUGGCCACCACAGCACCAAGCACAGCGAAGCCUGCAUCUCAGACAGACCGCUAUCCACUGUUCUCAGGAGCUCCAAAAGACCAUACUGCUGUACCUCAGCAGCACACCACUUUCACAGGCAGACUUGGACAGCCUCCAAGGGGACCCAUCUCUUUACACAUGUACAGCAGAAAAAAUGUUUUCCUUCACCACAAUUUACACACAGCAGAGCUGCAGACUUUAGGUCAACAAGAUGGGUAGCAAGGUUCUUGUCUUCUUGCCACAGAAUUAGAGUCCACUGAAAAGAAACAUAAGCUCAUACAGAGCUGAGUAAUAAGUUUUUACUUGCUGCUACCUUUACUUGAAAAUAAUAAAUUAAAAAUUAACAUUGUCUAGGUUUCAUAAUUUCCCAUCUGAAACUGUAGGAAAAGAAUGAACUAAACUGCUAAAUAACUAGAUUGAUUUGCCACAAAAAAAGUUGCUACUGUAGAAUAAAUGGAGCCAUUGGGCUGGCAUUGCUAGUCCAAAAUUGGCUAAGUGUUUUUGUUUUUUUUGCUUUUGUCUCUAUAAAGCCACUAGCAUCCUCUGAAAUUCUAGAAAGUGGUCUUAAAUAAUACUGUGUAUGCUUAAUAAAUUUACUCUUACAGUAGAUGUGAGGAAUGAAUAGAUACAUAAUUAGUAAACCCUAUUGAAUUACAUAGAGAACAGGGAAAUAAAGAGUAAGAAGUCUCUGAACCUCUUAAACUUACAGUGGAAUUUGCUCACUUGUAGAGGUGUGUUACCUCUUUUUGCUGUAUACAUUUUAUCAAGGCCUCAUGCCACAGUUAGAGGAAAUGACAUUUCUUCAUCUACAAGCAGAGAUCAUAGAGGCUCACUGGGUAAUUGAAUCAAAAUAAUUGGAACACAAAAUAAUGAUGACAGCUUGAUUUCUCAACCUUCUCUUCCCUCUCCCUACAUUUUUUUAGCUACAUUUGUUCUGGAGUUUUUGCUCUAUGAGGACACAUCACAUUGAGGCGAUGGUUGUUCUCAGCAGACACUAUAUUGCUCAUGACACAAUGUCACAGUCUAUGUUACCAGGGCUGUUCUGAAAGUAAUGCCUCCUGUUUUAUUAUGUUAGCACACAUAGAAGCAGAUGGUGGUGGUAUGAUAGAAGUUGAUCUUUUCCAACAGUACUUCAUUACGUUUUGUUGCCGUGCAACAAAUGGCAACAGAAGAGCAAUCUGACAAAAUGGUGUCUGAUGGAAUUGCACACAAAGCAAAGGCCGUGUGAUGAUUGAAUUCCUACAGAAUUUCAGUGGAGAAAAUGGCACCCAGUGACAUUCAUCAAUGCUCACUGAGCAUUUAUGGAGACCAAACAGUGGAUAUGAGCACACUGAGGUUGUGAGUGAUGUGUUUCAACAGUGGUGAUGGCCACAGUGCUUUACCCCUGCUGGUUGCAGAUGUUUGGGAGCAUUGCUUGCAAGCUCUUGCUCAUUACUGUCAAAAGAUACAUAGCUAGUAGUGGCAACUAUGUUUAAAACUAGUAUUUUGCAGCUGAGAAUUUGCUCUAUCAAACAGUGAAUUGUGCUCUUUGUAUCUAUUGUAGUAUCCAUGGAGAUAAAGAGGCAUUCCUUUCAGAGCAACCUCUAUAUAAUGGAUCGUAUAACUUCAUUUCACUUGCCAAAUUAAAUAAAUAAAUAAAUAAUUGGGUGAAAGACUAUAUUAAGUGAAAGACUAUAUUAAGUACUAAGUCUGAUCUUGAGUAAAUUGUAAUUUCUAUGGACCAUAUCUGCACUUCAUGGUGUAUAGUAACUCAGCAGGUUUGCUAGUCUUGACACGUUAAAUGCAAGUGAGAUGAAGCAAAUACUACCUGACAUGUAGCUUGCCAAUCUCAUGGGGAUGUGAAUUCAUCUGAUCAUGGUACACAACCUGAAGGCUUGUCAGCACCAGAAGAACCUGUUUUCCCCUUUUAUAGGGCUUGAAAACAAUAUCACAGACAGGGUGCUGUAAACAUGUGGUAUAUACUGAACAUGACAGUUUGCAACCUCUCUGAUGGCAGCUAAUUUGUUCAAAAGAUAUUAGGAUAUAUAGUUAGUAGCUUAUAAAUAAUCUGGAUGUUUAAAUAUGAUUGAGGCAGAUCUGAGACAAGUCACACCUCUGUUCAACUGGUGAUGGGUAAUGAAAGGCAAGGGAAUAGCACAUUCUCACACAAAGAAACAAACUAGUGUGAUGAUUAAAGUAGCAAAUGAUGAAAAAAGAAGAUUUUCUAGCUUCUAAUAACUUAUAAAGGUAAGUCACAUGGGGCAUAUAAAAUGAGUUAAUGAAAGAAAUUUUACCUAAUGUUAAACAUAUCUGCUAAACUAGUUAAUAUUUAGAAUAUUGAAGGCAAGGAUUGGAUAUGUUAACAUUUAGAUUAUGAGCUUGGAAGAUAUUCUGUAAAGUUCAGCAGCCUAAACUUUCAGGAUUCUAUUUAUUGAGGGUUUUAAUUAGAGUAGAGUUAAUUGGAUAAUGUUAUCUGAUGUUGGAAAGUCACAGUUUUGUCUAAAUAUGCUAUGAUGGUAAUUUUGAGUGUCCUGAGCUAGGUACAUAAGGAUCAUUAUAAACAUUUGCCAAAUUUUUUUUUGUGUCUUUAUACAUUUAUAUGUGUAUUGCCACUGCCAAAAUAGAAAAAAAAAAAAUUGCAAACACAGCUUGACUGAAUUAACUAUGGGUAUUAAAGAGUCAUAGGCCUGCUCUGAAACUGAUAGUUUAAACUCUACCAAAAAAGAAAUAAUAAUAACAGAAUUUCACUAUUAAGACCUGUGUUUUUCUCUAAGCAGUCUCUUACAGUUAUGGUAGAUUGAAAGCACAGCUAGUUAUGGAUAACAAUAUAUUUCAGUCUCACUAAUCUCAAGAGUUGAUGUAUGCAAUUAUAUUUCAGAUCUGUACAUAAAUUAACAUAUAUUGCAAUCAAGGGUAUUUUUUCCAGGACACAAAUAUACAACAACUACAUUUAAAAAAAUAAUAAUAAUAAUAGAAACAGAACCAAACAACAACAACAAAAACUCAAUAUCUUCAAUGCUGACUUUAUCUGUAUUUGUAGUUGUUUGUUUUUUUCCUGGAAAAAUGGACUUUUGGAUUACCUUUUAUUAAAGAAAUCCAUCCACGUAUUUAAAAAAAAAAAAAAAAGAAAAAGAAAAGAAAAUACAUUUUAAAUGCUACUAUUUUCUUGGAAAACUUUUAUAAAGCUGAAACAUUAAAAAAAAAAAAAAAGCAGCUCGAUUAAAGUGAGGAAUAUUUUUAAAAUGUCAUCUUGAAACUGUUUUGUAUCAGUAUUUUCAGUGCUGUUAUUUGUAAUACUAAGUGUAAAUCUCACUCAGAGAAGGAUAUUAGCCACAUGUUAAUAUACAAUACAGCAGUAACUGUAAGACAGAGGUCCUUUGUUUGAUCCUCUUGUGUAUAUACUAAAUCAUAAAGCAAUGGCAUGUGGACAUUCUUUCAAUGAAUUGAUUCCUUUGUACUAAAAAUCUCUAGUUUUUUAAGAGUUACAUGUAUAAAAUGAUUUAUACAUUUCUCCAAGGCUGUACAUAUCCAAAGACAUGACACCAGGGGAAAAGACACGUUAUUUUUGCCACAGAAGUACCUUUUUCUUUUUUUCUUUUUUCUUCUUUCCUUUCCUUUUUUUUUUUUUUUUUUUUUUUCCUGUACAUGAAGCAUAACUGUAAAAUUAUUACUGAAAAUUUCUUUUUGUUAUUUCCAUAUUUUAUGGUGUUAUAUAGGGCGUUUUAAGAAGGAGGAAAUCCCCAAAGAAAAGCUGUUUCCAUUUGAAUCACUGUCCCAUUUUUUGUUGCAGUCACUUGGCAUGAGAAACAUUAUAUGUGCCCUAAAUACUUUUUAAUAAUUAUAUGCAUGAAAUGGUAUAUUAUCUAUACUAUGAUCCUUACUUCCCUAGAAUUAGUACAUUCUCCAAGAUACAUUUCAUGCAAUCACAGAAUGGCAAUCACAGAUUGGCUUGGAUUUGAAGGGACCUUAAAACCCAUCAAAUUCCGACCUCCUUGCUGCAGGCAGGGUUGCCACCCACAGGACCAGACUGCCUAGGGCCCCAUUCAACCUGGUUACUGAGUAGCAUGCAGUAACAGACUAGGACCAGUCUUACUUAUGAAUUAUUAAGACAGAAGGAAAACACCUGUCUAGCACAGUUCAUAUAUUUAAUUUUCAAAACACUGGAAGAGUCCUUUUUAUUUGUUUGUUUGGUUGGUUGAUUUUGGUUUUGUUUGUUUGUUUGUUUUUUAUUGCUUGCGUAUGUGAACGAAGUAUAAAUGGUACUUCCAUACUGGAACGGAAAGUCUGUCCACAAAAUUCCCCACACACUGCUUAGGGAAUUUGAUAGCCUCUGAAAUUAUUCUGUGAGAUAAAUUUCUGCUGCCUUUUAAAGACAGCCCAUUCUCCUAUAUACAAAAUGAAACAGAUGGUAAAGGUUCCUUUUCUUAAAACCCAGACUGUUAACAUUUUAGAUCAUUGCUUUUACUUAGAAAACACACACAGCCAUGCCAAAUGGGCUUUUCUUACCUGUCUGUCUUUCUGCAAGAUCUGAUAGUAAGUAUUUCCUCAGUAAGAUUCUUGCAUAAUUGGAGCAUUUGAAAGCUUACCUAGGCUCUUCAGGUUUGUCCCACAAGUGCAUUCUAGUCACUACCUAAAAAUUAGUAACUAACUUCCACUUUCCCAAAAGCCAGAGAUUUCUGGCUGCUCUUGGGUCAUAACAGUGAUGUCUCCACUGAUUUGAUCAGCACACACCAUUGAUUUCAGUUAAGUUACACUGAGUGUAUCAUCUGAUAACUGGGAUUGUGGCCCUUUAGCCCAACUUGUCUCACCUUAUGGAAAAGGAGAUCUCAAAAAUUCGAUGAAACAGAAACACCAACUCUCAAUUUAGAAAAAAAAUAAAUAUAUAUAUAUAUAUUUUUUUUUCUUUCUUUGUAAUAGUGUGCAGAACUAAAACAACAGAAUAACAUCAACAAAACAACCACAGCAGUAACAAAAGCACCAAAAACUCCUUAUAAAAUUCCAAAUGAAAUCCCCUCGUACAGUAGAGUAACAGUGACUUCUAAUAAGACUUUGAAAUAAAGCCAAAAAAUCCACUGCAGUCUUCUUACAAAAUUAUGGAGUGACUGGAUCCAUGAGGGUCUUUAUCUGAGUGCAUUAAUUAAAUAUGGCACAGCCUCUUUUCUUCCAGCCUUUUAAUUGAUUAUUAUUUAUUUAUUUACAUACUUAUUUUCUGAAGGAAAAUUUGCAGUUUGAUGCUUAUGCCAGAUAAAAUAGAGAAUACAGUUUGAAAGCAUGCUGAGAAAAAUGGUGGGGGACUUCUCUAAUCUUGGAGAAAUGUAUAGCAUUCUCUCCAAGAUGUAUUUUAAUCUUCUGCUGUCAGCAAGAGCGUGGCAGAGGCCUCUCAGGAGAAGAGCACACUCAAAUCAUGCAGGCCAUAGCUGCCUUUAUAUUCACUUUAACGUGUCCUACAUAAGGCACUCCUAACAUCAUUUGAAAAUUUCAGCAGCUGUAGAAUGUGUUUCGCUGGGAUUUAGUCAAUCAUGUCAAAGAUAAAAGUGCCAUGUGCUGCUUUAAAUGUGGUAAACUCCAGCUGUUUGGAUUGUGCUUCCUCACAGACUUUUUUUUCCCGAAGUUUUGAGAACAUAUACACUGUGAUGCACAUGAUACUAACUUCUUACAGUAUAAAAGACAGUGGAAAUCUGUCCUCUGAAGGGCUCAAGAUUUGCAGUUUAUUUCCUAAGGGCAACUGCAUGAACUUCAGUGAUUUUCUGUUGUUACAAAGGUAAUGGUAAGGGAACUUAUUUAUUUAUCUAUUUUAGAAAUAUUUGGUGUUUAUUUUUUGUUGGAAUGUACUUAAAGUAUUCCUUUCCUUAAAAAAAAAAAAAAAAAAAAAAAAAAAAAAUUGUAACAUAUUAUUUUCAAUUUCUUGUAAACUCUUAGUAGCCAUGCUUGUCACUUGCAUUGUGUACAGCUGCUAAAUAUUUUUGGAUGCACCAUUUUUGUUGCCUUCAUUACCAGCAAAUCUUACUCUUAUUAUUUUUCCCCAGUCAUGUGCUAAAGACACAGAGAGAACUGUUGAGGAUUUCUGCAAGAGUAAUCCUGCCUAUGUCAAGUAGAGCAAGAAUGAACUUACCUGAAGGUCCCUAUGUGAGCCCUGGAGAUCAAAAAUCUGUUCUGUUUGAUCUGAACUAGGGAAUAUUUGAGAGACCCUGAUGGAUGUGGCAAGGGUCAUUAUCUGUUGGUUUCUCAAAUUUCUAUAGACAUGACAGAGAAUAAAAUAUACCAUAAAGAAAGGUUUUUGUUGUGUACAAAUAAUAUUGCCUUAUAUUUUUGUAUUAUGACCCUUGCUGUGCCUCUCUUUCAGAAGCAUUUCAUAUAGGUACAUGCAUAGGUUAACUAUGUAGACACGCUGCACCACGACACCAUUUUUACUUUAAGAAGGCUCCUCUGGAUUCUCUUAAUAUCUGUUCAGUAAAAUGUUUUAUCUGUUCAAAAAGAAUCUCAAGCACAUGUGUAGACAAAUACAUUGAAUUAUUUGAUCCCAUUUUCAUCACGGUGAUAAAGCCCCAUAGGGUAGGUAUAAUGUAUAUGGAUCACAACAGUAUUAGUAGAAUUUAAAUUUACUUUUAUUUUUCCAUUAUGUCAAUGCACUUUAUAUGAGGGUUUAAGGUGAAUUACAAACUUGCUUGCAUUUGUUUUCUUGCCAAAACUUGAUUUAAACAGGGUUCAGAAUUUUCUGCUUAACUUUAAGCAUGUAAACAAUCUCAUCAAAAUAAAAAAGAAAAAAACAAUGAAUCUGAUUAUUUGGAAAGAUAACAAACAAUAUAUUUUAUAACAUAAACAAUUUCAUUCAUAUUUAUUGUAUGAAAGGUAUGAUAUAUAAAAAGAAUUUUUCCUUUUAUAUAAAUACUCUUCAAGGCUCACAGAUAUGUAGGAAAGAAACAGCCUUCCUGCUUCAGUCCAGCUGUAACAUCAUGUUUUGUUUACCAAAUCAUUAAUUAUUUUCUUUUAAUCUGUUUCUUUCUCGUGGCUAAGAAUUUGAAAAAAAGAUAAUAAAAGGGCUUUGUACAUAUUCUGCACAUUGCAUGUAGAGUGUUACAUGAAGAAUAUAAGAAAUCAAAGUUUUUACGCAGUGAUGCAUCUGAUGUUUAAGCAAGGUGAUCAUCAGUAUAUAAAAUCCAUGUAAGUGGAGAACAGAUGUUUUAUAGCUUGGAAAAAUCUAUUGGAAGGGUAAAAGGUAUCAGGUUGAUAGCUGUUUUUCCUUGCAUAGCUGUUUUCUUUGAAUUAUGUUGAAGUAAUAUUUUUAAAAUAAACCUCUUGGAGUACAGAAAAAUGAUUACUCAGCACCAUAAAGUAUGGAUAAGGGUAAUUCCAUGUGCAAGAAAAUUUACGUAUUUUUAUUACCAUAGUAUCAUGUUUGCUUGAAGUAUAAGCAGAACAACACCAAUACAUUUUAUCAGAGAAAAGAAUCAGAAGAAAAGAGUGUAUUAGUCUAAAAAGCCUGGCACAUCAUGUAGCCAUUUCUAACUUUCUGAAAUAGGUUUAUGUAACAGUAUUUCAUGAGGACAUAGUAGUGCUGUUAUGCUAGGUAUUGAUGUCCUCUCAAUAACAAGGAAACAUUGAAGGUGGCAAUGAUCUAGAUUGUGUAUCAAGAUCUGUAUCUUUUUUAAAGGCCAUUUGGGUUGGUUUUUUUGGUUUUUGUUUUUGGUUUUUGGUUUUUUUUUUGUUUGCUUGUUUGUUUGGUUUGGUUUUUUUGCUUGCUUCUUUUGUUUGUUUUUCACUUUCUAAUGAAAGACCAUGAUUGUUUUUGAGAAAAUUUUACGCAAAUAUCUCCAUAAAAAGUGUGGCCUAUGUGAAAUUCAAACUGACAGGGAGAGAUUAUAUGGCUUUGAAAAUUAUAACUAUUCUUUAGUUCUGACAGAGGUCAAUAGAGUGCUUUAGGCAUUUAUUUUGUUUUAUUUUGAACUGCAGAUAAUUCUGCUUUGUGUAUCAACAUUAGAAAUUUUAUAUGAGCCUUUUCUCAUUGCCUACAUGCUUAGAACUACCUUGCUGUUAAGAUGGCAGUUUUUCAGAACUAAUUGGGAAUAUAAAAUUUCAAAGAUUAAUGAUUUUUGUAUUAUAUUAUUCCAGACAUCUGUUUAAUUUCAACAACACUGCAGCAAUGUUGUAAACAAUUUUUUAAAUGUAAUUGACAAAACAAUAUAUAAUACAUGAAUUAGGGGCUUUGAAAGAGUUGCAAUGAUGAGAAACAGAGGAGGAUAUUCACAUAAGUAUUAAUAAUAAUGUAUAAAUAAAUGCAUAGUUGGUGAACAUGGAAAAAAUAUGAGUUCUGUGUGAGGCAAUGGAAGACAUCUUGCUGUCCAAGAUUUCACACUGAUGAUAUAGAAUAUAACUUAAAUUUCAAAAGAAAGAAAUUCUAAGAGGUAACACACUUUAAAAGGUAAUUUAAGAUCAAGUUGGAGUUACAUUUACAAUAAUUGUCUGAUUCCCCAGUAAUCAGCUUCCAAUUACAUUUGGAGAAAAACUUUUAACUAAGAUCUCACUGGACAAGUUCAUUGGUGGUUUUUAGUGCUUACCCUUCAAACCCAUGAAUUAGUUAAAUCCCAGUUUUCACUUAACUUUAUUACAUCAUAUUACUGUAAUAUUUAGAAAUAUUCAAGGCAUAACACUUUCUAACCUUUGAUUUGAGUAUCACCAUAUUCUCUGAUUUCCUACAUUUGUAUUCUGUCUUUUAAUAGUUUUGUGUUUAUGUUACUCAUGUGCAAUAAGAACCUGUUUGUUUCAAAUUCAAUCUUUGUGCACUGAUUGAAAAAAAAAAAAAAAAAACCACC